AUGCCUUCAAGCUUGGGGAUGGUGGAUGUCCCGGCCCUCACCAAGGUGACAUGGGACAUACAUAGCCAAUGCCAACUUAUGGCUAGGGGCGCUCCUAGUGGGUUCAAGAAGCUAGUCGCUGAGCUGGGCCUGUUGCAAGGCACUUUGCGGGCCUUAGCCGACAAGAUGAACGCUAAUACAUCAUUCUUCGAGGACAUGGACGAAGGCCGAAGACAGACCCUCCAAAGAUCACUCAGUGCUUGUUUUGCAACAUUGCAACGACUGAGAGACAUCCUUGUCCGGUUCAAAGGAUCCGAAAUGGGCGAUGGAAAGGGCCUAUGGCAAAAGAUCAGAUGGGUGACACAGCGGACCCACAUUGAGGAUAUCAGAUCCAAGGUCAUGGUGCACAACUGCAAUCUGAGCCUGUGUAUGAGCACGAUUGGGAAUGCCUCCCUUGCUCGUAUAGAGAAGGCAAUGGAUAAGGCGAUGAAAGAGGAUGAGCAGAUUGUUCUCAGUACAGAAGCAUCGCCUGUUCGGGAAACAGACUCCGUCGUGUCGCCGAUGAGCCCUAAUGUCGUGGAGCUACCUGCCAACAACGAGGAAGACUGCGAGAUUGAUAUAAUCCAGGAAGUUCGCACCGGAAUAUCGGAGCUUCCCAGUAACAGAGACUCCGUGGGCAGCGGUAGCGAAGCCAAACACACGUCCACAGCCGCUGAAUCGGUGAUACCAGAAUCUGAUGUGUCAGUCUUUGACGGGUCCUCGCCAACUUCAUGGCUGUCCUUGAAUGCCUCGCCAUCCUUGCCUGUAAAGAGUGGAUACAAUCAUUCUAGAAUGCGCAGUGAGCAGCUUCUCUUUGGCGGCUCAAUCGACGGUCGGACAUUCGAUGGUGGAAUAUUGGCAAAUGACUCUGAUAUGGAGGGGAAGGAAGUCAUGACCCACUCAAGAGCCUACUCUGAUACCGGCUGUGGUCAUCCAAACGUGAUGGAAGCUAUGACAUCCGCCAUGCACCAUUUGCGUGAUGUCCGGCUCCAGGAGCAGAUCUCGAGGCCAAUCCGGUUUGAGCCACAGAACCGAUUGCAUAAACCAGCCGCCGAGAUACUGAAAGCAUUUGAGGCAUCGGUGAAUGAUGAAUUGCAAAUAAGGAGAUUGGUCACAAGAGACUGGCUUCGAGUGGCGACUUGGUGGUUAUUAAAGGCCCGCGCGACUCUGGCAAAUUGCAACAGACACAACUACGUUAGUGCCCGUGGCAGUCUCAGUCCCUCGAUGGAAUCGAUGUCAAGUGGCCAUCAAGCCUAUGUUGACCUCCUCAAAGCUUCGUAUAUUCUAUAUGAAGUUGUUCUGAAGCACGAAGCCUCCAUUGCUUUUCUGGUUGAUGAAGAGCACAAGUCAAUAGUAGAACUUUCUGAGAGUGUCAACGAGGAGCUCUCCCAAUACACUUCUGUCGACAUCCCCGAUUCUUCGACCCUGAUCGCUCAAACCCUUGCUAUUUGGGAGCCCAUGCAGCCAGAAGAAAGUCUGGAUAGCGGCAUCGAUGACCUUGAUCUCGAUAAUUUACGCUGGAUUGCCGUCGACCAAGAGGAUGCAGGGAGCGAACAGGAAAAGGUGCUCUAUCGUACAUUUGUCAACGCCGGCAUAGGAGGUAAAAAAUCUCGCAUGCGCUCCAAGGCUGCUCCGUACAUGCUAUUACUAGCAACGCGGGAACGCGAAAGCGAGCCGAAGAUCGUUCUCUGUAACCAAAGUGGUACACUCUGCCUUGAACGAAACUUCACACAAGAUGAUCUCCCGCCUCUCAUGCAGCUAUCAAAUGCGAAUCUGACUGGCUUUUCUGGCGCCCGAAUUUCAGAGCCCGUUCCAUUCAAGUUCCAGGACGUGAGCGUUUCGAUCUCGUUCCAAUUUGAAGCAGAUCUUGCGCAAUUCAUCAACAUUCCUGAAGCUUACUUCGGUGCCGUGUGGCAAAGGGAGCCGGUCGAUACAGCAGAGUUUAGCGAAAGCGUCGUUUUCAAAAGCUCGGUGGAUUUUUUCGAGCAACUGAACACGCCAACCAUGAAACCACUAAACCCGCCUGUCAUGGUCAGAUCCUGCGAGGUGCGCAUACUGGAACGCUCUUUCGGUGAGGCUUGGCGAUCUAUCCGACGCCUGGUCAUCACCUCCUCCGCCGCGGAGAAGAUACCGGGAACUAUGGAAUUCUUCAUGCCUCUCAGUGGAGUCCAGGUCAACCGGGGGGAUAAGUCCCGCCAGGUGCUACUGCAAUGGUCCGACACGUGCCAAGCGCGCUCUGACAAGACAGAUGGCAACUAUAACACCUUGCACUCUUACAUCUAUGAUGACACUGCUCCAAAUAUCGGUACCGGUAUACAAUUCCGCACAUCUCAAGGAGCAAAGGAUUUUGAAAAAGCCAUAUUGAAAUUGAGCUUCCCUCCGGACUUCUCCUGGUCACAGCCCAGUACGUCAGGUCUCGUCUACGAUGUCAUAGAUUCCGGCACCGAGCACAAGCGAUACAAGGCUAUAAUGGUAUUCCGCAACCGAACAUCAUGGCGAUAUUCAGAAUUGUUUUUCAUCUACCGCGAUGCCGACUAUACAUAUGACCACUCUUCAAGGAGCAUUCAAUUCCCGCGCAUCUACUACACAGACUAUAUCUCAACCCACGUUGACCAGCUCUACCACCCAGAGACAGCCGUCACAUUCUCGCACUGUGAAAAAAAGACCAGCCAGACUACUAUCGAAUUCAGCAACGACGCUACAGCCCGUUCCUUCCUCGGCUCUCUCUCGCCCCUGUAUGAACUCCUCUACUCCCGACGUAUCCAAUCUCUGUCCACAAAGGGCAACUCGCUGCUCGGUCUUCAGAAAUCCCGCAAAGGCACCGCCGAGAUCCAACUAUGGCGUCGUGGUUCGACCUUCCAGCUUGCCGCACGGUGGGAUGACACGGUCCCGGAUAGGUGGCUUACCAUGGCUAUUCCGUCGGAGUUCAUUGACUCUUCAAAGGAGGAUACUCGUGUCACUCUUCCGCGUCUACCGUAUCUUCGGGGGAUGACGCUUGAUAUGAUGACUAUUCUGGCUAGAAGCCCGAAGAAUGUGAAUGUCAAAAACAAGGAAGGGGCUAUCUCGAUCUCGUUUCAAGAGAGUAAAGAUCGUGAAGAAUUUUUGGUCGUAUUGCGAGGGCAGCCGUUGCCGAAAUUCAUGUAG